AUGAAUGCUUGGUGCUCUUGCUUGGUCUUCAUCUUCCUACUUUCGGCGAGACACAUAGCGAGCGGCGCGGUUAACAAUAUUACCACAUCGAAGCCGCUCUUUCAGAACCAAACUCUCGUCUCCUCAGGCCAAAUCUUCGAGCUUGGGUUCUUCAUGCCGAAUGGGUCGGAAAACCAUUAUGUUGGCAUAUGGUACAAGAACUUGACGCCUUCUAAAAUCGUGUGGGUGGCCAAUAGGGAUUCGCCACUCACGUCCGCAGAUCAGUCUGCGAAAUUAACGAUAGGCAGUGAUGGGAAUUUGAAGCUCGUGGAUGGACAACAGAACAUAGUUUGGUCCACCAAUGUUUCUGUCCAGUCAAAUUAUACAGCAGCAAUGCUUUUAGAUGGUGGAAAAUUUGUUCUUCAUGACAGUAAUUCUAUUGAAGUAUGGGCAAGCUUUGAUGAUCCAACUGAUACAAUUCUACCACACAUGAAGAUAGGACUAAACACUAGAACCGGAGAGAGACGGGUUUUAGUUUCCUGGAAAAACAACAACGAUCCAUCAUCGGGAAAUUUCGCCACUAGGAUUACGUCGGAGACUCCGCCGCAACUUUUCACUUGGAAUGGCUCCACCCCUUACUGGAGAAGUGGACCAUGGGAUAAAUCAACAUUCAGCGGCAUACCAGAAAUGCAAUCCUCAUACUCUAGCUCGUUCACUCUCCAGCAAGAUCCUAAGCAGGGAACCACCUAUUUCUCUGCCGAUACUGAUAACAACUCUUUUCUUGCUUAUGCCUUCAUUUCACCCGAGGAAUUCUAG